UGCUUUGCAUAUAUUUUCUCUGGGCUUCAAGUUAGUAGGAAAAAUGGAAAAUCCAAACUCUAUUGCACUUGAUAAGAAUAUUGAUGGCUCUCCUUGCAUUUUGAGUUUAGCUAUUUUUCUUAAGUUCUUAUUAAGAACAUAAAGCCAUACAGAUCCUUUAUUGCCUCUUCAGUUUGGCGGUGUGGACUCUUUUUCCAAAAGCUGGUAUUCUGACACCAGAAUAGAAUAAUUUCUAAGUGCAAACAGCUACUUAGCACCUCCCAAACAAACUGGGUUGGAAAAAGUCUGAAAAACACAAUUCAAACCUCUUUCUAGUACAUAAACCAAAGGCAGGGUGCAAUUUGGAGGUGUGUGCUCUUACUUCUGUAAUAAAGGCAGGGUGAAAUAUGGAGGUGUGUGCUCUUACUUCUGUACUAAAGGUAGAGUGCAAUUUAGAGGUGUGUGCUCUUACUUCUGUACUAAAGGCAGGGUGAAAUAUGGAGGUGUGUGCUCUUACUUCUGUACUAAAGACAGGGUGCAGUUUAGAGGUGUGUGCUCUUACUUCUGUACUAAAGGUAGGGUGCAAUUUGGAGAUGUGUGCUCUUACUUCUGUACUAAAGGCAGGGUGAAAUAUGGAGGUGUGUGCUCUUACUUCUGUACUAAAGGUAGGGUACAAUUUGGAGGUGUGUGCUCUUACUUCUGUACUAAAGGCAGGGUGCAAUAUGGAGGUGUGUGCUCUUCUGUUCUAAAGGCAGGGUGAAAUAUGGAGAUGUGUGCUCUUACUUCUGUACUAAAGGUAGGGUGCAAUUUGGAGGUGUGUGCUCUUACUUCUGUUCUAAAUGUAGGGUGCAAUAGGGAGGUAUGUGCUCUUACUUCUGUUCUAAAUGUAGGGUGCAAUAGGGAGGUGUGUGCUCUUACUUCUGUUCUAAAGGUAGGGUGCAAUUUAGAGGUUUCUGUUCUGACUUCUGUACUAAAUGCAGGGUGCAAUUUGGAGGUGUGUGCUCUUACUUCUGUACUAAAGGCAGGGUGCAAUAUGGAGGUGUGUGCUCUUACUUCUGUUCUAAAGGUAGGGUGCAAUAGGGAGGUGUGUGCUCUUACUUCUGUUCUAAAGGUAGGGUGCAAUUUGGAGGUGUGUGCUCUUACUUCUUAUCUAAAGGUAGGGUGCAAUAGGGAGGUUUGUGUUCUUACUUCUGUACUAAAGGCAGGGUGCAAUUUGGAGGUGUGUGCUAUUCCUUCUGUUCUAAAGGUAGGGUGCAAUUUGGAGGUGUGUGCUCUUACUUCUGUUCUAAAGGUAGGGUGCAAUAGGGAGGUGUGUGCUCUUACUUCUGUUCUAAAGGUAGGGUGCAAUUUGGAGGUGUGUGCUCUUACUUCUUAUCUAAAGGUAGGGUGCAAUAGGGAGGUUUGUGUUCUUACUUCUGUACUAAAGGCAGGGUGCAAUUUGGAGGUGUGUGCUAUUCAUUCUGUACUAAAGGCAGGGUGCAAUAUGGAGGUGUGUGCUCUUACUUCUGUUCUAAAGGUAGGGUGCAAUAGGGAGGUGUGUGCUCUUACUUCUGUUCUAAAGGUAGGGUGCAAUUUAGAGGUUUGUGUUCUUACUUCUGUACUAAAGGCAGGGUGCAAUUUGGAGGUGUGUGCUCUUACUUCUGUUCUUAAGGUAGGGUGCAAUAGGGAGGUGUGUGUUCUUACUUCUGUUCUAAAGGUAGGGUGCAAUUUAGAGGUUUGUGUUCUUACUUCUGUACUAAAGGCAGGGUGCAAUUUGGAGGUGUGUGCUCUUACUUCUGUUCUUAAGGUAGGGUGCAAUAGGGAGGUGUGUGCUCUUACUUCUGUUCUAAAGGUAGGGUGCAAUUUAGAGGUUUGUGUUCUUACUUCUGUACUAAAGGCAGGGUGCAAUUUGUAGGUGUGUGCUCUUACUUCUGUUCUUAAGGUAGGGUGCAAUAGGGAGGUGUGUGCUCUUACUUCUGUUCUUAAGGCAGGGUGCAAUAGGGAGGUGUGUGCUCUUACUUCUGUUCUAAAGGUAGGGUGCAAUUUGGAGGUGUGUGCUCUUCUGUUCUAAAGGCAGGGUGCAAUUUAGGC